ACCGCCUAACAAGAUGGCGGCCCCCCAGAGGCCCGGAGCGCCCCUUCUCUGGAGAGGCUUGGGCAGUUCCCGAGCCAGAGCCCAAUCUGCCCUGUGGCGCCCAGAAAAGCGUCGCUCUUGCUGGUCUUUCCCCAUGGGGCAGAAGCCGAAAGGGACUUUCACGAGAGCGUCCUCCUACCUGCUGCAGCAGCUCAUUCGCCGCUCUCAGGAGUCGGACGCAGACGGAGACGAGGAGCAGGGCGAGGGCGAGGGCGAGUCCGAGGAGUCCUCAGAGUCCGAAAUGCAGCAUCUGGAGGCGGAGUUUGAUGGGGUCCUGCGCGAGGAAGCUGUGGCUGAUGCCCUCCACCAGCUGGGGCGCUCAGGGGCUGGGACUGAGCAAGUCUACCUGAAUCUAACUUUAUCAGGUUGUGAUUUAAUUGACGUUAGCAUUCUCUGUGGAUACGUUCACCUACAGAAACUGGAUCUUUCUAUAAAUAAAAUUGAAGAUUUGUCUUGUGUGAGUUGUAUGCCUUAUCUUCUAGAACUUAAUGCUUCUCAAAAUAAACUGACUACGUUCUUCAAUUUCAAGCCACCCAAAAAUCUCAAGAAGGUGGAUUUUUCCUCCAACCAGAUUUCUGAAAUGUGCGACUUAUCAGCAUACCAUGCCCUCACAAAACUAAUUUUGGACAACAAUGCAAUAGAAGAGAUCGGUGGACUAGAGAUGUGCUGCAGUCUAACACACCUUAGUUUGGCCAACAACAAGAUCACAGAAAUUAAUGGCUUAGCCACAUUACCCAUCAAAAUACUGUGUCUGAGCAAUAACCAGAUUGAGAAGCUCACGGGUUUAGAAGAUCUGAAAGCCCUGCAGAAUCUGGAUCUGUCCCACAACCAAAUAAGUAGUCUCCAGGGCUUGGAGAAUCAUGACUUUCUGGAAGUGAUCCACCUGGAAGAUAAUAAGAUUGCUGAGCUGAGUGAAAUAUAUUACAUUGAAAAUCUACCUAUCCUUCGAAUUCUGAAUCUCCUAAGAAAUCCAAUUCAGGAAAAAUCUGAAUAUUGGCUCUUCGUAAUUUUUACACUACUACGAUUAACAGAAUUAGAUCUAAAGAAGAUUAAAGUGGAAGAAAAGGUUGCCGCAGUGAAUAAAUAUGACCCUCCCCCUGAAGUGGUCGCAGCCCGGGAUCACCUGACGCAUGUUGUCAACAGCACGAUGCACCCACAGAGGAUCUUUGACAGCACUCUGCCCAGCCUGGACGCUCCUUACCCCAUGUUGGUGUUAGCUGGUCCUCAAGCUUGUGGGAAACGGGAACUCGCCCAUCGCCUCUGCAGGCAGUUCAAUACUUACUUCAGAUACGGAGCCUGUCAUACCACAAGACCGCCUUACUUUGGAGAAGGGGACCGAGUUGAUUAUCAUUUUAUCUCUCAAGAAGUUUUUGAUGAAAUGCUAAACAUGGGGAAAUUCAUUCUAACAUUUAAUUAUGGUAAUCAUAAUUAUGGAUUGAAUAGAGACACUGUAGAAGGUAUCGCAAGAGAUGGUUUAGCAAGCUGUAUUCAUUUGGAAAUAGAAGGUGUAAGAAGUUUGAAAUAUUGCUAUUUCGAGCCUCGCUAUAUCCUAGUGGUGCCCAUGAACAAGGAAAAAUAUGAAGGAUAUUUGCGGAGAAAAGGAUUAUUUAGUCGUGCAGAAGUUGAAUUUGCUGUUUCCAGAGUGGACCUUUAUGUUAAAAUUAAUCAGAAAUUUCCAGGAUACUUUGAUGCAGUAAUCAAUUCAGAUGACCUGGAUGCUGCCUAUGAGAAGCUGAGUCAGCUCAUCAGAGACUACCUGGGAUUGACAGAGGGACCUGCCAAAAGUCUGGCUCCAGCUGCAGGGGCUCCUUCUAACAAGAAGACCGUCUCGGGGGUUCCGGCACACCUGGUUCCCUCCCCCAGGCGCUUGGCAAAACUGCAGGCCGAUGGCCAGGUAGCAGAGCGUCUUCCCGGAAUGCAGAUGCUCGCGCAAGUCCUUGACAGUCAGGACCCAGACGCCUCCCAGAGUCAAGAGGUGCCUCAGGAGCAAGACGCCCACCACGCAGAGCCUCCUCUCCACAGCCAGGCGGGUACCGCAACACCUCAGCGGCUCGGCUCCCCGGCGCUUGGCAUUCCUCAGCAGGCCCAAGACGACGUGUCCCCACGCCCAGCGGAAGAGGAUGUGCGGCAGCCAGCUCUCUCCCCAAAACCCACAGCCCCUGGGGCAGACAGCAAGGCCGGGUCACCGGAGGUGAGCGCAGAGGAGGCGGAGCAGUCUCCCACCUCACCCUCUCAAGGGCUGCCCCAGGGCCCUCCAGCGCCAGCUACAUCCCUCAGCCCCCACCCAGGCCAGGACGAAGACUCUGGGGAAGCCGAGGCAGCCCCCACAAAUCCUCCCCUCUCUGAACCUCAGCAGGGACCUGGUCCCACUUCCCUCAGCCCUCAGCUAAUUCCGGAUGCAGAGCCUGAACCUCCACCCAGCAGCUCCCUUCCUGACUCAGUGCAGGCGCUUGAAGGGUCCCAGCCGGCUCCGCAGGAAGAGGUCCCCAAAGCAGAAGGCAUGCGGGUCGGCAUUCCUUACCCAGAACUGCCACCCCCACAAAACUGGCCUGCAAACACGGAGCAGGCCCCAGCCAGGGAACCCCCCGCGGCUCUGCUGCCUAGAAGCCGGCUGGCCCCCACCAGGCUGCCCCAGCCUCGGACACUGGCUCCCCUCCAGAGUAGGAGGCCCACACCAAAGCUCCUCUCACCCAGCAGGGAAGAGGCGUUAGGGACAAGCUCAGAUCAAACCUUGACUCCUUCUCCCAGGCCUCUGGGAACUCAGGAAGGAGACUCGGCUAAACUCCCUCCCAUCAGCCCUCCCCAUUCCAGACUGCCUGCAAGUCUGAGCUCCCAGGCCGCCCACCACCCUGAGCACGUCCAGGAAGAGAAAGCCAGUGAGGUGAAGCUCCCUCUCAUCAGUCCCCCCACCCAGGAACAAGCACCCCCGCACAUCCCCGGUGCUACCCAGGAAGCGGAGGCUCAGAAAGUCAGGCUCCCCCGCAUCCCCACUCCCUUCGCGGAGCCCCAUCACGAUUCAAAGCUUACACAGGAAGGGAAAGACCCCACACGAGGCCAUUCCUCCUCCAGCAAGAAAGAGACGGGCAUGCAGGCCUCGCCCCACAGCCCGGGGCCAGUGCAGCAGAUGGGAGCUAGGAAAAAAAAACUCGCUCUCCAAAGAGACACAGCUACCAGACCAGCACGUCUGAGAAGGGCGACCCCUGGGUCCCAUAGUAAGGCGACUGCAGCGAGGGUGCCUGACCGUCCUCACCCCCGCCCUGCUGUAAGCCCUCGGGAGCACCAGAGAAGACAAGUCCGUACAUUGGAAAUCCCCGAGCCACCCCGCGCCAAACCAUCACCUAACAGUCCUCAGUUCCAGGAAGAGGAAGGGGAGAAAGUUCCUCAUUCCGGAAAGGAGGCCCAUGCCGACAGACCUCACAGUGACCGGGCUCGGAACGCAGGCGUGUCCCAGAACGAACCAGCUUUGAAAAGAGAACUUUCUCAAGGAUUGCAUCAAGACAAUACAGCCCCCCUCAGUGGUCACCCGCCGACUCAAGAGGGCCAGGCCCCACCCAAGACCGCGCUCCAGGCUGGACCGGCCUCCACUGAGUCACUGCAAGACAGUUCUGCCCCUGUGGCGCAUCCAGGCAGAAAGGAACAAGAUCAUACAAUGGGGAGACCUCGGAAGGGAGCGAUUGCUUCAGAGCCCCAAGAGCGCGAGAGCACGGCUCCCGCCCAGCAUCCCGAUGAAGGGACACAAGCCCCGAGGGACACCAGCCAGGCCAGAGAGAGCUCUGUCCAAAGCGUCGAUGCACUUGGUUCCAAGCAGCCAACCAAAGAGGAACAAACCCAGAAAAGUGGGGGUGUGCCCCAGGACACAAGCCCGGCCCCCGCCCAGAGUCGGGUGUCUGCUGAGGAGCAGGGUGACUGGGAGGGAAGGCUGCGGGCCCGGGGCAGCCAGAACAUCAAGGUUUAAGCCCUGCCUGCGGCCCCCAGAUUGUUAGUCUGUGCCCCUGAGCAGCGCUGUCACGGCGUGAGAAGCUGUGGCCGGAGCACUCCGAGUCUACGCGGUAGCCUGCUGCUGCAACCACGAGUCAGCACAGGUCUCCAGGGGCUGCGCUGUGCUGACCAGACACUGGAUUCUAGAAGGCAGCCAUCUGUGCCCCUGUGCCUCUUGUGUGGCAGAGGGAGACAGCAACAGAGGGUUACAGCUCUGUCGGCUGCUGCCAUCCACCAGCUCCAGUCUGAAGGCUGAUGUCAGCAAGGAGCCGUCGUGUCCAGACACAAAUUCCAACAGGAGUUCCAACACUGGCUGAAGUAGGGCCGAACUGCAUUAGGAAAAGUCACCAAGAUACUAGAAAAUUCUCACAAGGCCUACAUUAUCAAGGGACCCUGAAGCAAAAAGAACCCUGAGAAAGGAAGUCUUUGUUGGGGUCAGCUUUUUGGUGCAGUGGGUCAAACUGCUUCUUUAGAUGCCAGCACCCCAUAUGGCAGUGCUGGCUGGAGUCCUGGCUGCUCCGCUUCCAAUCCAGCUCCUUGCUAAUGCACCUGGGAAGGCAACCGAUAUGGCCCAAGUACUUGGGCGUCUGCCACUCUUAGGGGAGACCCUGCUAGACCCCAGGUUCCUGGCUUCAGCCUGGCCUAACCUCAGGCUGUUGUGUGGCUAUUUGGAGAGUGAACCAGCGAAUGAGAUCUCUCCCCCCACCCAACACUAUGUCCUUCAAAUGGAUAAGUAAAUCCUUCAAACACACGGAAAAGGAAGGAAGCCUUAGCUGUUCCUCUAGAUGCCGAGCCUGCAGUUAAUCUGUGGAAUCUCCUGUAAGGAAGAGGACACGUCUUUGCGUUCAUGACGCUGUGAUGGAAUGCUGCAGAUUCCUGUUGGCUUAUGUUGCCUGGAGCUUACUCUUGUUUGAAAUGUCUUUCGAAAUGAAUCCCUUCUUUCUUUUGGAUAGGAAUCUCAUGUAAAUUAGCCCAUGCCUUCAUUAUGCCGAACCAUCUGGUUAAAUCGGUUGAAGAAUUACCGGGGAGAAAACUCGGGUGAAUCAGUUCUUCAUUUAUCUGUUCAUACCAUCAGGAUUCUUUGGCUGACAAAUGACAGGAAUGCAACCUGAGCCAGCAAAUGCAGACCUAUUGGAAGAGUGAGUAUCUCACACAGCCCAGACUGUGGGAUGGACAGGGGUGCACACGCAGGGAAUCAGACUGGGACCUGUUAUGGAAAGUAUCACAACUCCUGCCAUCUUCAGGACUCUUGCCAUCUCCUGGACAUUGGUCGUCUCUGUUUCCUUCUCCGUGUUGCCUUCAUUCUUUGGACUCCAAAUGACUGUGUAUCAGUUUCUAUACAUGACCGUCAAUAGCUCUCCAGUUUACAUCUGCUUUUACCUCUGGCAGUUCCCAUUGCCAUGUUCCUUGAAGCUAAGAUUAAAAGAACAAGUUCCAGGGAAAGACUUGAUUGGCCUAGCUUGGGUCAGGUGCUCGUUCUUAAACCAAUCCACUUUGGCCAGAGACACAGUCACUUUUAGACAUUCCCAUUGGAAUGGCCCACUGCCAUGGACAGAGCCUCCAUUCCCAGACAAGGAAGAGUAAUUGUGAGCUAGGCAGCAGAGCGGAGGUUAAACCCUUAAAAAGUUGCAAGAUAUUUAUUGAGCUCUUACACAGCAACUGCUAAGCUGUGUUUGGCAUCUGUAUUUUAAAAAUGUAACUGAUAAAUAAAUUCUUGCAUAAACAUAUCUUACACACAACCAUAUGAAUAUCAAAUAUUAUGUCAAGCACAGUACAUGAAAUUGGUAUUUAUAAAAUCCAGAAGGAUUAUAAAACAAAGAGGCCAUAUAACUCUAAAAAUUAUCCUCUGAUUUACCUGGCUCGUACAAGAUAAAAGUAGUAAGAUGAUUUUUAAAAGCACUAUUCAUUUUGAUAAAGUUGGGUCAUUGAUUCAACAAGUGUUUAUUGAGAACUUGCCGUGUGCCAGGCACUAUGAUAGUUGUUAGGUAUAAGGAUAAUUAGGACACUUCAAGGAGCGCUCUCUUUUAUCAAGGGAGUCAGACAAGAUGAUUCAUUACAACACCACGUGAUUAGGGCAGUUGGAGGUCUAUUGCACGUGAGGCUACAUUGGGCUUCCUGCAGAUAAGAAAACACAUUUCCAGGCCAUCAUAAUAAUACCGAGAAAAGACACUGAAUUCAACCUGGGAUAGAAGAAUUGGCUCAGGAGACACCUCCAAAGGCAGGUCAUCCUUCUGCUAAGGCUUCAAGUUUGCAGGAUUGGUCAUUGGACUGAUGGGGAGGUGAAGUUUUCUUAGAAGGAACAGUGUAUGCCUAAGCAUAGAGGUACAAGUGGCCUGGCAAGGAACCUGUGCAUAUCCAAUGGGCCUUUUGUGCUAUGCUAAGAGCUUGUCAACUUGAUCUUGUAACAGUGGGGAGCCAGUGAGUGGUUGACUUUGUAUCUGAGAGGCAGCUUGUAGAGGUGACAUAAAAGGUCAGUGUAAGCAAGGCAGUACAGGGAGCAGGAAGAAUGGCUGGGGCACUCCUGCACUAGUCAGAACAGGAUGGUAAGGAGAGGAAGCAGCGGGAACCAGCUCCUUUCUGUGAGCUGUGUGUGGGGCACUACACAGGCACCAAUGCUUCACUUGGGUGUGGAACUGCAGAAAUUCGCUCAGUUUCCUCCGUGGUCAACUCUGAGUCUCUGGAAGGCUUUUGGAGUGGCAUUUUCAUUAGGGUAUGAAUGAAGUGAUAAGCCAAAGUUGCCUUCAUCUGACUCGGAGGAAGUGUAGCUCCUGUUUCCUGGGAUCUAAGCCAACAGUAGUAAGUUUUCUUAUUUCUGUUUGUGAUUUUCUGUUGGUAGUAGAAGUUUUUGAUGUUUCAGAUUCAGUGCAACUCAACAUUUUAUUUUUGUUCUUUUUUUUUAAAUAUUUAUUUAUUUGAAAGAGUUAUAGAGAGGCAGAGGCAAAGACAGAGAGAGAUAGAGAGGUCUUCUAUCUGCUGGUUCACUCCCCAGAUGGCCACCUCGGCUGGAGCUCACCAAUCCGAAACAGGAGCCAGGAGCUUGUGCCAGGUCUUCCACAUGGGUGCAGGGGAUCAAGGACUCGGGCCAUCAUCUACUGCUUACCCAGGUGUAUCGGUCGGGGAUUGGAUUGGAAGUGGAGCAGCUGAGACUCGAACUGGUGCCCAUAAGGGAUGCUGGCACUAUAGGCGGUGGCUUUACCUGCUGUGCCACAGUGUCAGCCCCUUAUUUGUGGCCUGAGGGAAAGAUCAUCAGCUUCUCUUUAGUGAGAGGAUUUUACUGCCAUUACUGAUUUUCUUAGAAUAAGGGAAAUUUUUGAUUUUUAAAUGUAGAAUAUAAAUAUUUUUGAAUUAUCAUUUUACAUUCAAAAGUAAAGUCCAUGUCAAUUCCAUUUGAGAUGCCCCUCAGCAAAGUGAUCUGUCGUGAAAAAAAUAUGGUGGACUCAUAGUCACUACAUUAGUAAUAUUGUCUUCAAGGUUCUUUAGAGAAGCAUGGCACCUCAGUGUUCAGAUCAACAAAGAUAAUGAUUCCAGGGGGCUUGCAAGCGCCCUUCAAAUAUUUAAAGAGCUAAAUUAUUUUCCAAGGCUCAAAACAUAAGUGGUUAUGGGACAUGAUUGGGCAAUUUGGAAAAGAUGAGCAAGACAGAAAUGGCCAAUAAACAUGUCAGAACGUGUUGAACCUCUAUAUAAGUUAAUCCAUUAAGCCCCAAGUUUUCAAUAUUCUGUGACUAUUUCAGAGAUACUAUAUUUAUUUUAAAGUGACUGUGGGCAGUAUAUUCAUUGCUCCAUUUAAGUCUGUAAUUUGUAGGAGUCCUAUUUAUAGGAUGAUGGGACAUAAAGGGUUAAAACAGAAUAUACCUUUUUUGAGUAUCAAAUAGGCAAAGAUGGAAGACAGAUUAAUGAUUGUCCUCGCUGAAGUUUCCCAUGCCAUCUGUGAGAAAGUAAUUGUUACACCUUUUCUAGGGGACAGUUUUACAAAUAUCUAUCAAAGACUUAAAAUUUUAUAUAUCCUGUUUUUUAAGAUUCACUUAUUUAUUUGAAAGCAGAGUGACAGGGAGAGAGGGAGAAACGGAGAGCGAGCUUCCAUUUGCUGGUUCACUCCUCAGAUGGCCACGAUGGCCAGGUUGGAUAAAACGUGAGGUCCCUCUUAUGAUCUGUGAUCCAUUCAUUUACUACAACUAACUGUACUUGCUGGCUGUGAAGAGCCCAGCUGUGUGUUUUAUUAAACAUGAGGGCAGUUCAGAACAUUCAUGGAAAAUGAAAUUUAACAGACACUUAUUUUGGUACAAGAAAAUGUGAAGUCCACGCUUGGUUUCUUUCAUGAUACCCAUUUUCCGUGAACUUUUUGCAAAUCCUUCCGAUACUGCUUAGUUACCAGCAAACUUCAUACACUUAGGACUCAUUUGCUCAGUGGCUCUCAAGCUUUUUGGACCAAGCUCCAUAACCAGAAGUGCACUUGAUAAUAUCAUGACUCAGCAAACACAUACAGAGGAAACACUCUUACAAGGGAGAGGAUAGUCUGAUACUUUCUGUGCUGCUAAACUGGCUUCACAAUGAAGUUUGCCAGCUGCGGUUUGAGAAGUCCUGCCCUGCACACUCCGGAGCCGCGUUGCGCUGCUGUCCUUUGAGAACCUGUUUAUCGGGCCACUGCCUGCUGGUGGCUGCCUUGGAGAGAAGUUGGAUAGAUUAGCACCAUUUUUUGCUGAAUUCCUCCCUGGGACAAGGAUAUGGGGUCUGGGCAGUACCGUUCCUUGUCCCGGUUGAGGCUCAGGAUAAGAUAGACCCAAAAUUCAUAUACACAGUAGUAAGUUCUUAUGGAAAGCUUAAGGGGAAAUAAUACUUCAAAACAACCUUGAUCAAUAGUGUUCUCAUCUCCAAGUACUUAGCUGGCUUUCUUGCCUUUUGUUGCAUGACAACCCCGAAAAUGAUCUUGUUACCAUAAAAGAUCUUCCAAAUUCUACUUCAGAUCAUUGCACUAUAUAUAUAAUAUCCAGUAUAGCAUUCCGUGAAUAAAUUUGGCUGUUGAGUUCAAUUUGAAAACCAUAGUUGCAGAAAUAAUUUUUUCUGUAUUGAGCAAGUAUUUACAGAAGGGGAUAAGAGGCUAACCUUUUUUUUUUUUUUUUUGCAUUGAUGAUAGAUAAGUAGUAAUAAAAGACCAAACCUCUAAAACUGUUAAUCUUAAGCUGAUUAUGGGAGAGCAGUCAUGAAUAGCAAAAGCCUAAGACUUUUUCUUAAAGAUUAUAGACUUAAGAAUUCACAAUGAGGGGCUAGUGUUGUGGCGUUAAUGGUAAAACCAUUGCCUGCAAUGCCAGCAUACCCUGUGGAUGCUGGUUCACGUCUCCACGCUCCACUUCCCAUCCAACUCCCUGCUGAUGACUUAGGAAAAACAGCAGAAGGAGUAUCUCGGCCCCUGCCACCCACAUGAAGCUCCUGGCUCUUGGCUUUGUUGUAGCCAUCUGAGAAGUGAACCAACAGAUGGAAAAUCGACCUCUCUCUCUCUCUCUCUCCGUCUCUCUCCCUCUCCCUCCCUCCCUCCCUCUCCCUCUUCCUCUCCCUCUCCCUCCCUCUCUCUUUCUCUCUCUCUCUUGCUUUUAAAAAAAAUAUAUUUAUUUAUUUGAAAGGCAGAGUUCAGCAAGAGAGAGGGAGUGACAGAGAGAGAGAGAGAGAGAGAGAGAGAUCUUCCAUCUGCUGGUUCACUUCCCAAAUGGCGGCAAUGGCUGGAGCUGGGCUGGUCCAAAGCCAGGAACCAAGAGCUUCUUCCAGGUCUCCCGCAUGGGUGCAGGCGUCCAAGUUCUUGGGUCAACCUCCACUGCUUUCCCAGGCACGUUAGUAGGGAGCUGGAUUGCAAGUGCAGCAGCGGGGACUCAAAUGCAUGCAGCUUAACUUGCUACUCCACAGCGCCGGCCCCUGUUUCUGUCUCUUCCCCUCUCUUUGUAACUCUGACUGUCAAACAAAUAAGUACAUCUUUAAAAAAAUCUGUGAUGAAAAAUAACACUAAGAGUCAGAGUAAUCAUUGGAAGUUCCAACUGUACUGCAGUGCAGCUGUGUGACCCUGCAGGUUCCAGAGUUCUCAGUAUGAAGUGGAGACGAUAAUAAUGCUGCCUACUUUGGGGAACUGUUGUGAGAGUUGAAUAAGCCAAUAUAUUGAAAAGCAUCCAGAAUAAUGUCUGACACAUACUAAGUGCUUAUAUGAGUACCUGUCAGAAUUAACAUGGAAGUAGCAAAACUUUUGUUUUGUUUUGUUUUGUUUUGCUGUUUGUCAGUAAUUGAAAUAGGACAUUGUUCAAACCAGAUGAAAGCAUUUGGCAAAUAGGAUGUCAAACCUUGACAUCAGCUGAAUCAGUGGGCUCAAGCAAAAUUAGAAUAAUGUUGGAAAGAAACUGUGGUUGGCAAAAUGCCGUUUGUCAGAACACCCGGCUCAUAAUAUAAGCUCAAUAAAUGUUACUUAUGAAUUUUAUUAUUUCAUUAUAGAUACAAUGAAGAGCGUUUGUAUCCUGAGUUUCAGAUUGGUUAGGAAGUAAAUGCUGUCAAGUUACUGGUUCAUAUCACGCACAUUUUGUUUUCUCUUUGUGAUGGGAUGAGACAAAGAUGGGCCCUUAACAAGCUACCGGAUCUACAGAACCGCACUUUCCAAGAGCAGAAGUCUGCUGAAGAAAGUGACCGCUGAAAACUUGUCCUUGAAGGAUGAGCCCUUAGCUAGCAAAGGCCUCACUGACCAGAGGCAGCAGCACGGGGUUGGGUAGAAGUCACAUCAGGAGCACAGCUACUCCCGUGUGCCGGCAGCCCGCGGUGGGUACUGAGCUCCGGAAGGCCUGCUCUCCCGCCUGCUGCCAUCUUGGCUACCCCUUCCCCAUGUCCUAUGCAGUUCCUACACACCAGGUUUCCACUCUUGAAAUUUACCCACCACACAUUUUCUCACCUUCAGAGUGUCACCUAAUCAUUUCAAGAUAAAGUCAUCCAUUAAAAAAAUAAAUCCUCGUCGUCUGGGUGUUCUGUGUUUUAAUUGGAACAUACUAGAUACAGCGUGCAAAUUUUGAUCCAUUAGUUCAACUCUGCUGAAACCAUUACAAAGUAGGCAGUUUCAUGGGAAAAAAGGCUUCGUACCUCACUUUUUCUUGAUGUAACAUUUGCUUCUGUUUAAAUAACUGAUGACUUCUCCAAACACUUGGUAAUAUAGCACUUUACUGUUAGAAUAGUUUAAUGAAUGUAUUCAUUUUAAAAUGUAUAUUGCGUGAACAUUAUUAUAUAUUUCCAUGGACUUAACAUGGUUGCUUUCUACUAUUAAAGCUUAUUUUGCUAUGAAAAAAUUAUGAAUAUUAUAUAAAAUUAUUAUUUUUCUAUUUGCUGUUCUUUCUCUCUUGGAAGCACUAAUAGAGAAACUUUUAAGAUGUAAUUCUGCCCUGAAAACACGACUUCCUGUGGCACUGUGAUAGUACUUCCCAGAGGACUAAGCUCUUUCCUAGUACUGCACCACAAGUUAUCUGACUAUACCAUUAAAAAUAAACAUUUAAAAGCCUGCAGCAGAUCAUCAGUGUUUUAAUUUGUUUUAAGCACUUUUCCUGGUUACAUAUUUCAGUGUUGAUACUCUAUGAUGGGUAUUUACAUUUGAUAAAUGUAUACUCAUGUAGGCAUGGUAGCCAUAAAUUACUUGUUAAUUUUUAAAAACCUCCUUAUGUUUUAAGCCCAAUUUGAGUGGGAAAAACUGAUUCUGAAAUUAUCCAGGUAUCUGACGACUUGUGUUUGAAAAUUAAAGUCUGCUUUGAAAUCACCAUUUCAAAAUGCUUUCAGAGACAAAUUCUAGUGUCGAUACAUUUUUACAAGGUUUUAUUUGGGUUUUUAAAAAAUGUAUAAUGCAUAUUCAUCAGUUUCAUGUUUUUGUGCAGGAGGGUGACUAAAUAUCAAGUAAUCUUAAUAAUGUUGAAGCAUUGGUCUUUAAAAUAGGGACUUUUGUUUUUCAAAAUACUCACAAUUUGACCCCCAAAAGGUAAUUUUGAAACUAGUCACUGACCUAGCCUUUUACCUGUAGUAGAUCAUCAACAUCUUUUAUUUUCUCCUCUCCUUUUCAUACAGUAAAAAGCCCCAUUCAGUCUGUGUGAUGAUAUGAUGUUAAACACACAUAUAAAUGAUUUAUUUUUAGUAUGUGGCCUGCAUUUGUUAUUUAGGUUGGAUUCGGUACUUAUUCUUUUAAUGAAAGUGUUCUAACAUUUUAACUCAUCUGACUUCCAAGGAAUAUACGUUUAAAUAAAAAGUCUAAGCGGUUUAGAAUUAAUUAGAGAUGUACUUGCAGUUGCUCCAGAUACUUCAUUUAUAUUUUCCUGCAUUUAGUAAUGAUACUAAUCCAUAAAAUAACUUUAAAAUGUUCCAUGCAUCAUUAAGUUCAUUUAUGCUUCAUUGUAGAUGUUUAAACAAAUUUCGCCAGCCUAUAUAAAUGAAGAACUUGGUUCUUUCUGUCUACUAUAAAGUGGUUUAUUUUUUAAAUGUUCCCUCAAGGUUGAAUUAAAUUUACAUACUUUGAAUAAGAUCACAUUAAGAAACUCUGUUGUGUUAUAUUAUAACAUUGGUAUUUUUUUAAUUAGGAAGUAAGGUCUUUUGCCCAUUGAUGUAUUAAGACAUCAGAAAUUAUAUUGAAGACUGUAUGCAUGAAGCUCUUUAUUAUAGGAGUCCAAGCUAUUAAACUGGUGGCACUGCAUUGUCGUUUAAUAGUAAUAUAAACACGUUAUCUGUACCCAAAAUGUUUUUGUUGCUGAGAAACCAUUAAGACAUUAAAUUGUUGGAAUCACAGCUGCAUUGUAUUAUCAGAUUGAAUUUGUUUACACCAUGGUACAGAUGGCUUAUGUCUUAGAAACCUAGAAAAAGGAACUGGGCACAAGUGCUGUAUUUUGAGUAGGAUGUAUGUGUGUGUAUCCAGCCCCACUGAGUUCUUUACCGAUACAAGUAUGUUAAGCAUGCCUCAUGGGGUCGGCUCUGUGAUGUAGUGGGUAAAGCCACUGCCUGCAUUGCCGGUAUCCUAUAUAGGCGCUGGUUCAAGUCCCAGCUCCUCCACUUCCGAUCCAGCUCUCUGCUAUGGCCUGGGAAAGCAGUGGAAGAUGGCCCAAGUGCUUGGGCCCUGCACCCUCGUGGGAGACCCAGAAGAAGCUCCUGGCUCCUGGCUUUGGAUCAACUCAGUUCUGGUCAUUGUGGCCACCUAAGAAGUGAACCAGCGAAUGGAAAACCUUUUUCUCUCUCUCUCCCUCUCUUCCCCCACCCCCGCCCCGCCCCCCGUCUGUAGCUCUGCCUUUCAAAUAAAAUAAAUCUUUAAAACAAACAAAAACAAACACCAUGACUCUGGGUCCUAAUUCAAACCACCCUCUCUGCCUGAUGGAGAACACAGACACUCGAAUGCUUUUCUUCACGUCUUUAGAUAUCAGUUCAGAUGUCUGCACUGCAGAGAGACUUCCUUAGACCACCAUGCUGUCUCUCUCUCUCUGCCCCCUUAUCUGACAACUGUUUCUUCAUCAUGCUUAUUACCUGGCAUUAUUUCAUCUUAUUUCCCUUCUCCAGCAUUAGAAUGUAAUCUCCACAGAUCAAGGCCUUUUUAUUUACUGUUCUGUCCCCAGCAUCCCAAGCACCAUCUGGCACAUUGUAGAUGCUUGGUAAAUAUGACUUAAAUGACUUUUAAAAAAGAUUUAUUUAUUUAUUUGAAAGGCAGAGUUACAGAGAGGCAGAGGCAGAAGCAGAGGCACAGAUAGAGAGAGAGAGAGAGAGAGAGUCUUCCAUCCGCUGGUUCACUCCCCAAAUGUCUGCAAUGGCUGGACCUGAGCUGAUCUGGAGCCAAGAGCCAGGAGCUUCCUCCAGGCCUCCAACGCAGGUGCAAAGGCCCAAGGACCUGGGUCAUCUGCUGCUGCUUUCCCAGGCCAUAGCAGAGAGCUGAAUUGGAAGUGGAGCAGCUGGGACUUGAACCAGUGUCCAUAUGGGAUGCCGGCCCUGCAGGCAGUGGCUUUACCUGCCACACUGCAGCACCAGCCCCUCAAAUGACUUUUUAUCAUAAAGAUUUAACAGCAAGUGGUUCUACAUACAACUAUCUCCUUUUAUCCCUUUGGUUGUGAUCAAUGUAGUUACUACACUAUUCCAUUGCAGAUUGCUAACUAUUAACUGGAAUUAUUUGGAUACAAUCCUUCCCCACGUUACACCACUUGAGUAUCUCUUCCUUUUUCUCAAGAUAGGUGCUGGGUUGUGGAGCUUUGGACUCUGCUUCCCUAUCCUGCUUCAAUACUUUGACUUGUCUGCAAUGAAUUUGACUUUGUGUCCUUGGUUUGGGAUUGCCACACAGUAUGAUGGGAGUUCAAGCUCAGGUUCCAGACCAGCACACAGGGUAGAGAAGUCUGAUUCCCGAGAGGCGUUUCAGUCCAGAUGCGGUUCUGUGCCUGUCCAUGUGCCUCGGUCUGCGGCUGAAGCUUCCAAACACUGCCUGUUUAGCUUCCCACCCUAUCAGGGCACCCUGACCUUGCCUGCCAAGCACUAAGACCGUGAGAGCCCUUCUCAGCCCAGAAGUGUCGGUGCCUCAGCCCCUGAAGCCUUCUGACCUCUUGGUAUCAAUUCCCACGAUGGUGACUUCAUUCGUAGCACCUUGGGAUUGUUCUUGCUUGGUUUCAGCCUUUCUGUGUAUUAAAAACAAAACUAGCUUCUGUUUACAGUUGUAUUUUUGUCUUUGACUGGGGGUAGCCUCCCACAUGGGCUCAGCCAGUCAUAUUGACCCGGUCCAUGUGGGAAAGCAAUGCUCUUGAAACCUGUUGCUGCUCCUUUGUAUCCAAGGGCCCUCUUAGAGAUGAGCAACACUAAGACAUUUAUAGUCAUAAGGGCUAGAUCUCUGGACCUUAUCAUUGUCUUAAAGGAAACGUUAGACAUUAUUUAUAAAUUCUGUUAAACAGUGACCUGCUUUGUAUUUCAACAUUCCUUUUCAGAAUUGCAUAUUUUAUUUUCCUUUUAGCCUUUUGGAAGUAUUUUGUCCAUAGCAAGACAUUGUAAGGGUGACUUUUUCAGUCAGCAACUAGAACCCACUGUUUUUUGCCAGGAGUUUUUCUUCCUUUAAUUGCACUCACAAGCCUGUCCCGACUGAAUGCUAGGACUACUCAGAGGAUCUGUCCAGUGGGUUUUGUGCACUGAUUUAUUAUUAUUAUUAUUUUACUCUAUUUUAUUUUAAAAGUUAGAUACACUGACCUUAAGCAUAUCAUGUAUUAUGUUUGGACAACUAUAAAAAUACAGAACAGUUCUACCACUUGAGAAAUACCCUUAUUCUAUUUUAUGCCUUUUAUUUUAAACUUUCUUUUUUUUCC